UUGAAGCUGGCGGAGCCGGUCGAGUUCAGCGACACCAUCCAGCCCUCCUGCCUGCCCACCCCAGACUCCCUGCUGCCCCAGGGCUUCCCCUGCUACGUCACCGGGUGGGGCCGUCUCUGGACCAACGGGCCCAUCGCGGACACCCUCCAGCAGGGCUUCCUGCCCAUGGUGGACCACGCCACCUGCACCCAGAAGGACUGGUGGGGCUCCAUGGUCAAGGCCAGCAUGGUCUGCGCAGGGGGAGACGGCGUCAUUUCGGGGUGCAAUGGAGACUCCGGGGGUCCCCUGAACUGCCGCAGUGGCGACUCCUGGCAAGUCCAUGGCAUCGUUAGCUUUGGCUCCGCCCUCGGCUGCAACACGGCCAAGAAGCCCACCGUCUUCACCCGCGUCUCCAACUACAACUCCUGGAUCGCCGAGAAAAUGAGCCAGAACUGAGGAGGCAGCUGCGCCCCCCCCCCGGCCAACCCACGUUGGAAAACGCUCAAUAAAGGCUUUUAUCAUCCCAAAA